UACCAAUCAAAUGUCUCCACGUUUAACGGUACGGCAGUGAUCAAGACGACAUGUGAAACACGCCGGCGUCUGUACACUUGGGAAUUUUAUUUACAGUUGUUGAUUGCCUAGACUAAAUUUGACAUUACAAUGAAGAGUGUUUUUCUCCUGAUUGGACUACUUGCCUUGGUAUCUAUUCCAAGAUAUCAUUGUGAGAGUUUGGAUGAAGGAGAUGAUGAUAACAAUGAUGUCUCUAUAGAGGAAGAAGAGGAGGAGGAUAAUGUUGAAAAAAUCCCGUAUAAACCACCUACACUGGAAGGAAAUGUAUACCUAGCAGAACCAUUCAACAGCAAAGAUGACUUAAAAACCAGGUGGACUGUAUCACAAGCCAAAAAGGAUGACACCGAUGAGAACAUUGCCAAAUAUGAUGGAAGAUGGAGUGUAGAGGAGCCAAAAGAUAACGCAAUGGAGGGCGAUCUUGCUUUGUUGUUAAAAACUAAGGCCAAGCAUCAUGCCAUAUCGUCCAAACUGGAAAAAACAUAUGUGUUCUCAGGAAAACCAUUCAUUGUGCAAUAUGAAGUAAAAUUCCAGAAUGGUAUAGAUUGUGGUGGGGCCUACGUCAAACUUCUCUCAGAAAACAAGAGAAUGGACCUGAAAAUGUUCCAGGACAAGACUCCCUACACUAUUAUGUUUGGACCAGACAAGUGUGGCAUGGAACAUAAACUCCACUUCAUCUUCCGACACAAGAACCUAGUGACUGGAGAGUUUGAGGAGAAACAUGCCAAAAAGCCAACUGCCAACAUUGAUAAACAUUUCACAGACAAGAAGACACACAUGUAUACUUUAGUUGUAAAUCCUGACAACACCUUUGAAAUGAUGGUGGACAACAUCUUGGUGAAUGAGGGUAGUCUGCUGGAUGAUGUCAGUCCUCCUGUCAAUCCGCCAAAAGAAAUUGAUGACCCCAACGACAAGAAGCCUUCAGAUUGGGAUGACAGAGAGAAGAUACAAGACCCUGAAGCAUCCAAACCAGAAGAUUGGGAUGAGGCUGAGCCUGAGAAGAUUGUGGAUGAGGAUGCUGCAAUGCCCAGUGGUUGGCUGGAAGAGGAGACAGAGCUUAUCCCCGACCCAGAGGCAGAGAAACCAUCCGACUGGGAUGAUGACAUGGACGGUGACUGGGAGGCUCCUCUCAUCAACAAUCCCUUGUGCCAGAAUGCCCCAGGCUGUGGUAAAUGGGAGAAACCUAGCGUCAAAAACCCCAAAUACAAGGGCAAGUGGUCAGCGCCUAUCAUUGAUAACCCAGGAUACCAGGGUGUGUGGAAACCAAAGAGGAUAGACAAUCCUUCUUACUUUGAGGAUCUUGAGCCAUACAAAAUGACAUCUAUUGGAGCAGUGGGACUUGAGCUCUGGUCAAUGAAUGACGAUAUUGUCUUUGACAACUUCCUGAUCACUGACGACAAGUCUGUGGCUGAACAGUGGGCUGCGCAGACCUGGGAGAUCAAAUCUGCACAGGAGAAGGCCAAGUCAUCAGGGGGGGGCGUGUGGAAGACCCUGCAUACAGCGGCUGACCAACACCCAUGGCUCUGGGCUAUUUAUGUAGUUGUUCUUUUACUGCCAGUACUCCUGCUGUCCAUCUGUUUGUGCCCCCGGACCGGACCCAUAACGCCUGAGAAGAUCCAGGGUCAUAAGAAAAAGACAGAUGAAGCAUCUCCGGAUGAGGCUGAAGAGAAGGCAGAAGAGGAAGGAGAGAAAGAGGAGGAAGGUGAGGAUGUUGGACCAGGGGGAGACAACCCAACAGUAACCAAGAAGUCCAAGGCAGAUCUUGAGGCAGAUGAGACAAAUGAUGCAGAUGAGGAAGAUGAAGAGGAAACGGAGGAAGCUGAAGAUAAAUCCAAAAAUGUAGAUUCACCUAGGAGAUCAUCACCAAGAAAGAGGAAACCUAGGAAAGAUUAAUUCAACAAUGAAAUAGGUUUACAUAAAAAGAGACUUGGGUAGUGAUAAGUUAUGGAUGUUCGGAGUAUUUGAUAAUGUGUGCAAGUUGUUCAGGAAGGAUUUGUAGAGGAUUUGUAUGUUAAGAAAUGUAGAGGCCCUAAUCCUAACAAUGCUGUUCCCUUAGGAAUGAUCCUCAUGGAUGUCCAUAAAGGCCUUUUUCCUACAGUCCCCCAGGGGCUGUUGGUCAGGCUCUAAAAAAAUAAACAGUGAUAUUGAAAUAGUUCUAGAAUUCAAUUAGGAUUUUUGUGUUUAAUUAAAAUCUGUUUUAAGGAUCCCCGUAUCACUGCCAGCCAAAAUUUGAAACUAUGCGUACAAAACUUAUUUUUUCGGCAUGACUAUAGCUUUGAUAAAUCAUUUUUGAAAAGAAACAUUACCUUGCAGGGCUUUUAAUGAAAACAUGAUGGAGAUGAAAUAAACAAAAUAAAAUUAACAAACAUGUUUUGAGUGUAAAAUAUUCUGCAUGGUCAGACUUGCUAUUGAACCCUGGACUAAAGAUAAAGAUUAUUACACUACAGCGGAAGCCGAUGGAACUACCUGGACAAAGGAAGUGUAUGGGCUCAAAUGUGCUACAGUUACAUCCAAAUGGAAGUUAGUGGGAGGUUACUAUUUAUAGGAAAAACGGAAGUGCAGUAGGAAAGGGAUCCUUAAGUAAUAUUAAAAUCAAAAACACAUCUAUGAAACCUUUAAGUUUGAUAUUCUCUAUUUACGUCAUAGUGUCAUUGUAAAGCUCAGGUGUAGUGAAAUUCACAGAGAAGAUGGUUACAAUAAACACUGGUUAUAAAAAAAAAAUGUUUUAAAUGAUCAUGAUUUGGCAAUGUAUAUGAUAGCACUUCUGUGCAGACAAAACAUUGCUCCACAAUGUUUGGGAGAGUGGACAUAUUAUAUUUAUGUGAUGUGUCAGCUAAUUUGAUGUGUAUAUGGACACAAGGAGGUAUUUUGCAAGGAUAGUUUUGUUUUUAAUUUGCUGACUGGUACAAAUGUUAUUCAUGUUCAUGUGUUCAAAACAGUCUCCAUGUGCUUUAGGCUCACAUGUGAAUACAGUCCAAGUGUGCUUUAUUGUUAAUGUGUAUAAAAUAGUAUUGCCUCAUUGACCACAGAUAUAUUUCAGGGUUAUGGUUGCUACAGAUAUGAACGUUAAAAAAUAUUCAGCAUACUUGAAAUCCAAGGAUUCCCUUUUCAAUGCACAUAUCUCUGACGGAUUGCUAGGCUGAUAACCUGUCCUUUGAAGAUUACAGAGGAGCAACACCCAAAUUCAAAGCCUGUAAAUUUUACCGUAACGCUGCAGCGUCAUUCCUUUGAUCUUCUUUAAAGACAUCAGAUUUGUCUACCUGUGUCAUCUGCAAGGUCUUGCAAAAAGAGCCUUCGGUUUUGUCAUGUGUAUUCUAAGGGUGCAAAGAAGAAAUGUGUAUCAAGAAUGGAAUCUUUGGAUUCCGAGUGAGCUACUUGACAUAUGUAUAUGAAGGUGAUGGUUGGGUUUUUGUACAUCUGUGCUUGAGGCAGUCGGAGUGAGAGCUACAAGUUAGAGUCAGACCUAGUGGUCUGUCCACCUGUCUCGUGAACCACUGCUUUCCCCAAGAAAGGGAUUGUACACCUACCCCUCUCUAGUUUUUAAUUUCUGCCCAUGCAACAUUACAAAAUGACCCUCACUUUUUCUUACCCUGAGAAAUCACUAAUAACGGAAAACUGAUUUCUUUUGUAACCUUGGUUAUGAUUAGAACAUUGUUUUUACUGUUUGUGAAAGUAUUUUUCUUCCAUUUCUUGUCUCAAAGGCAGUAAAAAUAAAUUAAUCUUUGAACAGAUGGUUUUCUUUGCCAGCCGAUGUGCUUUAGUUCAUGAGGAUAGUAAGAGUAGACAGACCGGGGCCGAUAUUCACGAGAAUGCAUCCAUGAGUUCACUGUUUUACUAUGUUCUGUGUAGCUGUGUGUAGUUACUGAUCUGUGAACGUGUGUGUUGUUGCUGGUAUGGGUGCAUGUCCUAGUUAUGAUCUCAUCUACUUGUCAUGUGAAGUUUACAUCUAAAUGCACCAAAGUAUAAAUUGUACACGUGUAAAUGUGUCCCUGUGUAGUUAAUUUAUUCGUUCAACGUAAAGAUAUUGUUAUAUUGCUCAUGACAGCACCGCUCUAUGCCUACAACACAGGCUCAAGAAACCUCUCUAAAAUAUCACAUCCACUUGUGCUUCACUAUCAUUGUGUAAGUGUUCUGUCUUUAAUUCACGGUGUAUAAUGUAGCAAUUUGCAAGUAAAGUAUCCACACUAAUUUUGGUACAGUAUUAUGAUAGACAUAUACCUGAAAGUUUCUGUUACUAAGGUCUUUUCUUACCAUUAAGGAAGAAAGCUUUUGAAUGUGAUGCAAUGCAUGGAAGAAUGUAUCCAAGUUUGUGUGAAGGUUAGUAAGUAACGUUCUUGUGUUUCGUUAUGUUAACCAUAUUUUUAUCCAGACAUUUUUUGUACUUUGUAUAAAAUGUGCAUCAUAUUAUGAUGUUGUAGGUGUACAGACCUGAUUCGUUACAUUUGAUUCCACCAGGGCCUGUUUAAACCUAUUUGUAAUCCAAUUGAGUAUAUGAUUUAUAUGUUGUUGCAUUGAUGUUUUGGCAAACACAUUCACUGUUUCCUUUUUUUACAUUUUAUGUAUUUUAUAAUCAAUAUUUAAACAAGACUAAUUUUUCAUUGUCGAAGUAUAAAUCAUUAUUAAAGGGUUUUGUGUUCUUUCCAUGAUCCUCCUGCAAUAAUUGCCCUAUUUUGAAUCGAGAUAAUUUCCCUGUUUUUAUAUUUCUGCCAUCACAGUCAAGGAUAAUUGUACAGGUUAUGUUGAUUUUCUUUGCCAAUGUACCUUUUAGAGUGUACCUGUUAUAUGUGAGGUGUUUAAAAAUUCAUGUGUAAAACAAAACAGAGUUUAAGUCAUAAGUACAAAAACAAAACCAGUUAGUUAAGUUUCAUGAUACGUUUUCAUUUUUCCUUGCGUUACUUAAUAUUGAAUCUUAUAAUGGAUACCUUCAAUGGUUACAUGUAAUGUUUUUAUCAUAUUAGUUACUUGUGUACAAUUUGACCCUUUUACCCCUGUGCAACUUUAGUAGACUCUACUAUGCAUUGAUCUGGAUGAGUCCAUUAUGGUCUACAGUGGUGAAAAGGUUAAAAGCAUUCUCAUCCUGUAACAUGUCAUAUUGUGUAUCAUCAUAGGGUCAGAUCUGUUGACUGGGGUGGGCUUGUAGCUGACAAGUCGGAAUAUCAUAGCAUGCAUACCCUCUUCUUACCUCAUACACAGUUUGGCAUUUGUAGAGUAAACUUUAUGAUAUUUACAGACUGUUGGGGCUCCAAUGUGUUAUAUAAUACAAGACAACUCCAUAUGAAAUAUUUAACAUCUAGUCGAACAUGUUCAUAAAUAGUUUGUGUUUUUCUAUAAUGUGUUUGCUGUGUACAUUAUGUACCUGGUGCGAUGAUUAAGAAUGAUUUAUUUUCACAUUUUUAAGAUUUGUUCAGCUUGAGGUCUUGAGUUAAAUAGUUAGAUGGUUUUACUCUCUGUUUUCGUUUGUUGCAUUACAAUUAUUUUAACAGAAUGUAACUAGAAAAAUAAAUAUAAGGUUGAUAAAUAUGUAAUCAGAUAAAGUAUCCCGUUUUUGUUUCUCGACCUGAAGUGGAGAUUACAUGGUUGGAAAUUCCUGACACACAAUACAAUAGGAGGAUUAUUUGCAUUACUAGGUUUGUAGCACAGAAGUAAUUUCUUUUAUAUAAUGCCUGAAUGGUUACCAGGAAAUAUAAAAAAUUGAGAAGAAAUCUUAUAUACAGUGUUAUUUUAUUAAUGGAAUUCGAAAACAUUCCAUAAUCACUCUCAAAAAGGAUAGGAAUGAUUUGUUUGAAUCAUUUAAUGCUGAACUAGUAUUAAGUUACACAAUAGAAUAGCUAACAUAAGGGUAUGUUUGUAGGACCAAGUUACAAACAGUUGUAAUAAUGUGAACCUGUUAUUAUGAUUAUUGAAUGGUGUACAUGGCCCUGAUCUUGUAGAAUAUGAUAAAAGAUGAUAUAGUCAAUGUUGAGAGGUAGACAAAACAAAGUGUAAAAUGCAAAUAGAGUAGAUUCUACAUCACGUAAAUAUAGACUUCUUAUUUUGUUCAAAUGUAUGUUUGAUUAAGUGUUUGCCAUCAUUGAAUACCAUGAACUUACGAUAUGUUAUAGCUUAAAGUUAAACUUUUUUCUAUAUUUCAACCACAAUUUCUCAAAAUUGGGUAAUAUUUGAUUGGAUAAGUUUGACCAAGACAAAUUAUACAAAGUAAAUUGACAAAAAGUCUUCCUAUUUUGGUCAAAAUAAGUAUGAAUACUAAGUAUAACCGUGUAACCUGGAAUACAUAGUAGGGAUGGAGAACUUCUCUUUGGCAUUGUGACAUAGCGUUCUGAUGUAAAUAACUUAAACAACCAGUUAUUAUUUAUUCUCCAAUUUUCAGAUCCAAUGAAAAAUGUAUCUGUCUCAAUUUAGAUUUUCCCCCUGAAAUUUUCGAUCGAAAGAAUGGGUGGCUGUAACCACUGCUGAAGUUGUCCAUCCUUACAUGUAUUGAGCUAUAGAAAUAUCCCAAAUCAGUAACUUAAAUAUAUAGGUUAUCAAUCUGAAAUAAAGUAAUUUCUAUUGGUAA